UCAUUUGCCACAGCUUCUUGUACCACCUGCCACUAUCGCGUUCCAGGGAGUGCAAUUCGCGCUGAAGUCAUGUCUCAAUCUGUGCCUAAGUGUCCUAUGUGCCAUUCUGGGGACUGUGAAACUGACAAGAAUAUCCGUCUUAAUUAUCUAGACCAAGACGUGAGUGGCGCUUGUGGUGAACGUCUUCUUGUUAAUCGAGCGAAUGGUGUCCUCAAACCUGAUAUAGUCUUUUUUGGAGAAAAUCUGCCGGAACAAUUCCAUGAUUCUAUAGCGGCAGAUAGAACUUCUACCGAUCUGGUCCUCGUUAUGGGUUCUUCUCUUAAAUUAGCCCGAAGUAUUCCUUCCCUUUACUGUGCUGCCAAGCCGCAAAAUAUAUCAUGUCCCACCAAUAACUUGACACCGAAGAUGCCUCCUGACUUCUAA